AUGGAUAAUCUUAGAAGAAUAUUCUCUAUAGCAUUUGUGUGUUUGUUAUUAAGCAUAGGGUUGUGUUCAGCUACUAGAUCCCUCCUUUACUCCGCUGGUGGAGGCGGUCAUGGUUCAGGGGGUGGCGGUGGACACGGCGGAGGUGGUGGGAAUUUAGGUGCAGGAGCCAAUGGCGGUGGAUAUGGGGGCGGACAUGGCGGAGGUGGUGGAAAUCUAGGUGGAGGAGCCAAUGGCGGUGGAUAUGGGGGCGGACAUGGCGGAGGUGCUGGAAAUGUAGGUGGAGGAGCCAAUGGUGGUGGAUAUGGGGGCGCCGGAGGUGGUGGGAAUUUAGGUGGAGGAGGCGGUGGAUAUGGUGGCGGUUCAGGUUCAGCCGGAGUAGAAUCUGGCCUUACCGGAGGAUUUUCUUUUGGUGGAGGGAUUUCUAGCAAAGCCCGGGGAUCUGGUGGAGCUGGCGGAUAUGGUGGUGCAGGUGGACAUGGUGGCGGUGGCGGAUAUGGUGGUGCUGGUGGAAAUGGUGGUGCUGGUGCUGGUGCGGGCGGAUAUGGUGGUGCUGGUGCUGGUGGUGGAGCAAAUGCUGGUGCUGGUGCUGGUGCUGGUGGUGGUGGUGGUGGUGGUGCUGGUGGUGGAGCAAAUGCUGGUGUUGGUGUUGGUGGUGGUGGUGGUGGUGGUGGUGGUGGAGGAGGAGGUGGGGGAAGAGGAGGCUCGCACUAA